UCAGCAUCUUUUGGGGAAACUGGAGGCUUCUGUGUGAACAGCUGAUUAACACUUCCAAGUCAUCUUUGGUAAGUACCUUCACCCUAAGCCUAAACCUCAACCCUGUCAAAAUAUGUGAUUUUUGGCUUUUGAAAUUUCUUCUACCAAGUCCUGGAAGUCAGGAGUCACAUAAAAUAAUUUUCAUCAUCAAUAUAAAAUACAACAAAACUAUUUUGCCCCGACAUGUAGCUUUUUGGUUAAAAUUCAUAAACCGUCUGUUGUAACACAAGAAUUUUCCAAAACUGUAAGUGUGCUCUAAUCAAAUUUAAAUAAAAGCAAAUCAUAUUAUUUGGACAAUUUUAUGUCAUUUUGCGCAAAUCAUAUAACAUGUUAUGAUUUGGUCACCUUACUCAGGAGGCUAUAACGUGAAAAGCAUAAAGAUUACUUAAGUCACAUGUGAGACCAUUUCUGCCUUCUGUCCUGAAGCCAUGAAAGUUUCGAAACUUCCACUCUCUCCUCCCACUACCCAUUCUGUGGGCAGAAGCUUCCCGUCAUGAGCGCUUCGACGUCAACAAGGAAAUAAUGUUCGAGAAAACUUAACAAAACACGAAGCUUCAACAAGUCUCAGCAGAAACUUCACAGAAACAAAUAAACAAACAAAAAAACUGCGUUUAAAGAUCUACAGUCGAAAAUAAUCUGCAGGACCACAUGGCGGAUACGGAGAUCUUAGUCGAGGAGGAAGGAUCGCCAAAGGUCGCCCAGCUUUGCAACCUGAGGCCGUUGUUUAGACGGCUGGAGGGCUUCGAGCGCCACCGUGUGCUCACAUGGCUGAACUGCUGCCCUCGGCCGCCUGACUUCAGAGUUCCCAACGCAGCCAGAUCACCUGACGACUCAUUCAACCGGUUCCUGCGGAUCUUCUUCCUCCUCGUCCUCAGCUUGGGCGUAAUAAAGACGUUAUAUGAAGAGUCUGUGAUAGAUAACCUACCCAGCCCGUACAGCUUUAUUCCAAAAUACUCUCCUUUCAGCAAUUUUUAUGUGUCUGACAAAUUAUGGCUGAUUUUUCCGCUUUGCUGGAGUGGAGUCGUGGUGCUAGUGAUGCUCGUCGCUGUGGCUGCUUGCAUCGUGAAAAAGAAAAUGAAGAAGACAGAAUUCACGCCGCCGAGGAAGGAGGAAGUGAAAACAAUCUCUGGUCUCAUCCAGCAGGUGUAAUUAAAGACUGAGUAACUCUAAAGGCUCGCUCUGUCAUGAAAACAGGACUGUGGUGGGUUUAUAUGUGACAGUGCUGAAAGCUGUCGCACUUCUUCUUUUAGGGAAUGGCAGAAACAUAAGCUCAAAACUGAUAACAGCCUGGAAUGUGCACUUCCGGAUUCAUAGGGUAGGAACAUGAGCUGUUAAAAAACAAAAAAAAUCCACCCAAAAUAAUUGUCUAACCUUUUUUAAUAUAAUGGAUAUAAGGAGAAUUGUUAAAGUGUUAAACUUGAAUGAAAUGAAGAUGAUGCAUGCAUAAGAAAUAAACACUUUUAACAACACCAGAUAAAAAGUGUAAAGAUAACAGUUAAAUAACUCUCCAAACGUGGUGAUUAAAUUCCCUCUGCAGCAGCAUUUUAACGUGAGCCAAAGGAGCCGUGAACGUACGAGGAGAAACGUGAUGAAAAUAAAAACUCACGUCAGGCCUGUAUUUCUGUUUUAUUGAGAAAUUUAGAUAUUUUUUUUAAUGUAAAGCUGCUUAUGUUGUUCUUAAUGUACGCUGAGCCACAUCAGCUGUAUUUGUUUAAACAACAUGUAUGUUGGCUGAUGUAUGGGUGUGCUGUUACACUAAAGAAUGAAGUGUGUGGGGGUUAUUUUAAUCUAGAUUCACACUUCUGCUGGACUGAGCAAAUCUUUUUCAUUUAAGUUGAUUUUUCUAAAAAAGAAUAAAGUGCACCUGAACCGA